CUGUUGUGGCAAACAGUUUCCAACUAUAAUUUAUGUAGAGCGGACGCAAUCUGCCACUACUAUUAGUGAUUGUUUGUAAUUAAAUUUUAAAGUUUAAGUUCCUGGGAGUCGCGGUCAGUGAGUUUCAGUGUAGACGACUGAUUAGUGACCCAACAACACAACAACAUUAGCGAGUAUCUAUAUAAGCAGCAACAGUCUCUUUCAGGCACUUGGAUUCUCACAUACAAAUUUGAAGACUUACAAAAAAAUUUACUAAAAUUAACUUACAAUGAGCUUCUCUGCAGAAGAAGUCGCUGAUAUCCAGAAAAGCUGGGAGUUGCCAAAAGCUAAUCUAACGGACUCAGGUGCGGCCAUACUUGUUAAAUACGUCACGAAGUAUCCCGAGAACCUGCCACAUUUUCCAUUCAAAGAUGUACCCGUUGCUGAUUUGAGCAGCAACGAACGCUUCCGUUCGCACGUCACCAAAAUCAUGACCGUCUUCGACAACUCCAUUAAUGCGCUCGGCUCUGACGAGGUGAAAGUCACUCAAAUUUGGGAGGAUCUAGCCAAGACUCAUAUCAAACGCCAUAUACCUGAGAAAUCCUAUUUGGAGUUGAAAGAUACCAUUGUUGAGGUUUUGAGCGAAGCAGCGAAAUUAACUGAUGCACAGAAGGUUGCUUGGAAUAAAAUGUUGGAUCACGUCUAUGCAAUUUUGUUUAAGAAAUUGGCGGAAUUGGGAGCUUGAGCGGUGGCAAGAAAAGGCGAGCGGUAGUCAGACAGUGUAGAUGCAGAGUAGACGAUAAAAGUGUGCAAAACUCUUAUUUUUCUUGUAUCAAAUAUUUCGUAGGUAAGACAGGCUAGAUAAAGUUAAAAAUAAAAAUUAAUAAAAGUUUGGUUAAAAAAUGUAUCUUAAUUGAUGAUGAAAUGCAAUAAGCUUUAAAGUUUAUGCACAUGUUUCAUGCCAGAGUUGAAGGCCCUCGCUCUUUACUAUUCUAGAAAAUAAUCGAAAAAUGCAUUUAUAACAGCUGAGCUUAAGAUUGCUUGCUAUUAGUUUGUAAUUUUAAAAAUACAUAUUUAUGUACAAAAAAAAAUAUAUAUUAGCAAUAAAAACUAUAA